GUUCUCAAGCCCAGUUUGUUUAGUUCAUUGCUGUCAGGGAUGAGUGGACAUAUGAACAAAGAUAAAAAUGGAUUGAUGGGUUGAGCUCAUUGAAUGGGAGGAACCAACCCAGUAGAAAGCUAGGGUUUCUAGUUCUGCAUAUUGCAACUUUCUUCAGCUUACAAAUGUUCUCUUCCACCAACGACAUGAACACUUUUGCUAACUUUCCUUCCGCCUCUUACCUAUCUCUUCCUCCUUCUCUCAUAUGUCAGGAUUCCAGUGAAAUUUUCCUUCACAGCCACCAUGAUCUGCUCCCCGGUGCACUGGCACCUGUAAAUCCUCAGAUAACUGAGUAUUUAAUUAACAUGCCAAUGUUGAAUAAUCCCACAUUGACUAAAAAGGUGGAUGUCAUUGAUAGCCUGAAUGGAGACUCUGGUUUUCUUCCCCAGAAGAAACCGGCGAAGAAAGAUCGGCACAGAAAGAUUUGUACCGCUCAAGGGGUGAGACAUAGGAGGGUGAGGCUGUCCAGAGAGAUAGCCCGGGAGUUCUUUGAUCUCCAGGACAUGCUAGGGUUUGACAAAGCAAGCAAAACCCUAGGUUGGCUACUGACUGAGUCAAAAAGUGCCAUUAAGGAGAUAGCAAAGAUGAAGAGUACAAGUGGCACAAUGCCUUCUACUCCUGAGACCCAAAUAGUGUCUGAAGAUGGUGACCUGGGGCGUACUGUUUCGGAAAGCAAGACAACUAUGGGUGUUUCAAAAGAAAGGGUGAAAAUUUUGCAGAAAGCUGCUAUCAUUCAUCCUCCUGCUACAGAUUCAACGGAAAAUGCCAGAAAAAGAGGAAGGGAAAGGACUAGAGAGAAGAUGUGUACCCAGGGGAUCCAUGACUUAAGAAAAUUUCCUGAAACUGGCCCUCAAAUCCCGAACCAGUUCAAAAAAUCUGAAAUUGCCCAUGGCAUUCUGCCUCAAGAUGUUGAAGAACUUGGCUCUCACCAAACCCCAAGGGAAGAAGACAUUUUUCAGGAGUCUGUUGUGAUCAAAAGGAGGAUGAAGCAAUCUGCAAUUUUGGGUUAUCAGCAAAAUACCUACUUUCCUGAUUUCCCUCAGAAUUGGGACAUCAAUGGUGCAAUGCUUCAUCCUACCAUCUCUGCUGCAACUAAUUUGAAUCUGUAGCCACCGCAGGACUUCAAGUCAGUGGCAAACUCUGGAGGUUCUUCCAACAGCCACAUCCUAUCUCUACGCUAUAUAUGUGAUGCAGUAUGUGCAUGAACAUAUAUAGAAAUAGUAAGCUAUAUAUACCUGUUUUGUUCCUUUCAAUUUCAGAAAAGAGAUUGAAGCAUCUUUGUUAUUAAUAUGCUUUAUUUUCCAUAUGUAUCUCUGAAUUGUUACAUUAUCGCAGUUGGACAUAUUAAUGAUCACAUAUAUAUAAAGCUUUUAUUUCAUA